AUGUAUCUUCUCUGGCUUCUGGGUCUAACCGCUUUAGCGGUGGCUAAGCGGCCCAACAUUCUUUUCGUCUUGACUGACGACCAGGGCAAGCAUGUCGGAGGACUGGAACAUAUGCCCAAGCUACAGGAACUUCUUGUGCAAAAAGGCUCCACCUAUCCCAAGCACUAUUGCUCUGUUGCACUAUGCUGCCCUUCUCGCGCAAAUCUCUGGACCGGCCGUAUGCCACACAACACCAAUGUGACCGAUGUCGCGGCUCCCUAUGGUGGGUACCCAAAGGUGGUAUCUGCUGGCUGGAAUGAUAACUACCUGCCGCUGUGGAUGCAAGAUGCAGGGUACAACACGUAUUACGUGGGAAAGUUGUGGAAUUCCCAUACCGAGGACAACUAUAACAAGCCCUAUGCACGUGGAUUCAAUGGCUCCGACUUCCUGCUGGACCCGUACACCUACCGAUACUACUAUGCGCGGAUGACCCGCAAUGGUAAUCCCCCAGUGAGAUACGACGGCAACUACUCUACCGAUGUUAUCGCUGACAAGGCGGCCGGGUUCCUGGACGAAGCGCUGCAGCACGAUCGUCCAUGGAUGCUGACUGUGGCCCCCAAUGCGCCUCACUCCAAUGGCUCGCAUGACUCGACUCGCAAUGCGAAUUGGUUUGGGGAGCCGGAGUAUGCCCCACGUCAUGCGAACUUGUUCAAGGGUCUCCAAGCUCCACGCGAUGAGAGUUUCAAUAAGCUUAUUGAAGGCGCCGUGGGUUGGGUUGGAAAUCUACCAGAGCUGAACCAGACCGUCCUUGAUUACAUCGAUGAGUUUCAGCGCUGCCGUCUACGUGCUCUGCAGGCAGUGGAUGAGCUUGUAGGGAACCUGGUUGAAAAGCUUGAGAAGGCUGGUGAACUGGAUAACACCUACAUCUUCUUCUCUACCGACAAUGGAUACCAUCUCGAAACCGACAUCAACGUCCCCCUCAUUGUCCGAGGCCCCGGUAUCCCCGAGAACCAGACCCUAGACGUCGUCACCAGCCAUACCGAUCUUGCACCAACCUUCCUAUCCAUCGCCAACUCCACACGAGAAGGCCUAGAUGGCAAGGCUAUCCCCACUACCAUUGGAGCCAGCAAGUCCGACAAUAAGACUGAGCACGUCGCAAUUGAAUACUGGGGUCUGGCGGUUCCAGAAGGGAUCUAUGGCUAUGCCAGUGACAAGACCGCCGAAGUCGGCAACAGCUACAAGAACAACACAUACAAGGCCAUCCGACUCGUUUCCGACGACUACAGCUUGUACUAUGCAGUGUGGUGUACGAAUGAGAUUGAGUACUACAACCUCAAGGAUGAUCCCCACCAAACCGUCAACCUAGGCGCCACCCCCAACAAACAUUCGAAGUAUAAAAUCGCCAACCGUGAGCUCCCACAAAUUCUUCACCGUCUCGACGCCCUUAUGAUGGUUCUCAAGUCCUGCGAAGGUGACGCAUGCCGCUACCCAUGGCGCCAGCUGCAUCCUGCAGGCAAGGUGUCUAAUCUGGCUGCAGCGCUGGACUCGGGCUUUGACACAUUCUACGAAAACCAGCCGAAGGUGUCAUUUUCGGCGUGCGAGGUGGGAUAUAUAGUUGCUUCUGAAGGACACCAGCAGUUUGAUGUAUAUGGAGGGGGAACCAAAGAGAGGAGAUGGGAUGAUAUUGAGAAGAGGUGGGAUGAUGCGUUUUUGUGGUGA